UGGCACUGAACUACGACAAUCACUGGAUAACUGGUAACUGGUACUCUGGUACACUGGCUGAAGUCCGGAAAAACACCCGCGACUCCGCCAUGGAGGCCGACAAACCUUCUGGCCCCAUCGCCACAGACUCACCGGCUGCCUCCAAUCUGAAUAAACCGCCCGCUUCCUCUACUUAUCUGGUCACCACCACUGGAGCAACUGCUGCUGCUGCUGCUGCUCCUCCUCCACUACAUCCACCACACCCAUCGGCCCUACAUAAUGCCCAUCCCGCCGUGAUGGAUCUCGAUACUAAUACUGCAGACGAUCGUUCUCGUCGAGCCACUAGCGUGAUUUCUAUGGAUGACCUCGAGGCUGCUCAAGCCCUGGAAGGUCUUCGGUCUGAUUUUGGUCAAUCCCCACGAGCAUCGCGACAGACACUGCCAGCGACAUCGCCAGACCCGCCGCAGCCAGAGCCGCUCCUGUCGCUACUCACCUCUUCUCACCCGUUAAUCUCUUCCGCUAUCAACGGAUCUGUUUCCGCAUAUACCACGUCCAAGUCGUAUUCGGCCCGCUUCAAGUCUGGAGCUGAGUUCAUCGAGCGCAAUAUUGGUUCACCAGUCGCAAAUACUGUUGGAACAGUCGGUCGUAAGACAGGUGUUGAGAGUGGUCUGCGCUGGGCAUUGCAAAGGCGAGAAUCUGGGUCCGAGUCGAAGCCCUCCAGUAAGCGUCGUAAGGUGAGCGGUGAAGCUGCGCCGCAGACAGUGGACGACGAAAAAGUAUCACCGGAGAACACGAUGACACCUGCGCGCACUCGCAGUUCCUCGGAUCUGUCUAUGGCGGAGACUCUGCCGCCAUACGACGAGAUGCGAUCACCUCGCUAUGAAGAAAAACCGGGUCGACAGAACCCGCCGACAUGGCAGAGUCGACUUGUUAUCUCAACGUCGGGGUUGGGAGUUGCAAUGAGCGAGGAAUCCCUGCGCAGUUUGCAGUACUGUUUAACAUGGCUUCGCUGGGCGAAUGGACGUCUAGGUCGAGCCAUUGUAGCGCUUCAGAAUGCUAUGACGGAAUGGGAGAACCACAAGAAACAAUCGCAAGAUGAUCUGGAGAGCGGGGACCGCGCAGAAAGUGCAGAAAGCGCUUCCCUCUUGACCCAGCGCAUUCAAGCAGUCAGGGCCGACGUCCUCUCAACAUUGAAGCAGGUUGUCGACGUCGUGUCCAAGUACGCCGGAGGUGCCUUGCCAGAGAAUGCGCGACACCUUGUCCGCCGACACCUCACCUCCCUUCCCCACCGGUUCCAGAUGGCAAGCACAUCUCAGCCGCCCCCCGACUCGCCCGCCGCUUCCUCGGACGCGACUGUUGGUGCCCACCGUAUCCUGGUCCUUGCCAACGAAGGUCUGGAUAUCCUGGGCCAGGUCAGCGGUGUCGUCAACGACACCCUCGUCAGUGCAGAGCACUGGUGUGAACGCUUAGGACGCAAGCGCCCCGACAACAAAGCCGCACCGGAUGCGGAGAAACAAAACCACCUUCCUUCCCCGCCAGACGCCCAGAUGUACGGCGCGGAUAUCAAAGAACCCAUUGUUACCCAGUCAGCGCCACAGGAGGAUGUGCAGAUGACUGGAACCGAAAAAACAUAAUUUGGAUCUGAGAUUGAGGUGAUUGAAGUGCCUCACACUUUCAUUGAUUUGUUUCCAAUUUUCUUCUAUACUUUUGCCCACUUCUUUGCCUUGCCUUCGAGCUUAUGGUUUCCUUGAUGUUUCUUUAUGAUUGAUAUCCCUUACUUGUUCCUUGCCAUUGUCACUCUUUCCAUUCAUCAUUUUGGUUGGAGACUCGACACUUGAUACACUGCGGUCUCUUUUCUCUCCUUACAUCUUCAUAUACUUCUAUAUUUCUUUCUGUAUUUUGACCUAUUUGCAACUUAGCUGGAUUGCGAGGUGCUUUGGGAGUAUAAUUUCAUCUGAUUUACUCUCAGUCUACGUUGAACAAUCUACAGUGAUAGAGUCGAUCUUCCAAAAGUGACG